AUGUUCGCGGCUGAAGCCGGUCGCGCCGGGCUGGAAAGAAAAGAUUCCUGCGCAACCUGCACCAUGUUCUGCCACGCGCACCCAAGCCAACCCAUACAUGGCCACUACCAAACCCGGAGCCGGAUCCAGAUCCAGAUCCAGAUCCAGAUCCAGAUCCAGCAGCAACUAAUUUUACGGCCGUCUGGAGCAUCAAUGCCCCAUCUGCUGCAGAGCGAGCAGUUUAAUCGAUUAGGGUCGGGUACGCGCAUUCAGCAUUCAUUCCACGGGACGUUGCACCGCAUUGCCUCGCUCGCUCGCUCGCACGCUCGCUUGCCCGCCAGGCGCGCCAGCAGACGAAUUUCCCAUUUGCGCAGCUUCACGCCGUGGCGCACAGCCUCGAACCGUUCGGCUUGCUCGGCGCGUGAUCUGGGACGGGGGGCCAGCAGUGGGGGCAAGAGAGCAGACACGGAGGCCGUGGGAUUGGUCGCCGACUGCGAGACGUGGCUACUGCGACCUCGCAGUGCCCGGGACGGACACAGGAACCGACGGGGGGCGCCGUGGUCAUACUGGACAUCGCGGGCCUGGGUAGGACUAGACGCUGCCAAACUGGCGCAUGCGAACUCGUGCCUGUGUGCAGAGAGGCACGCGGCGAAACGUGGUAAGCACUCCAGAGAGCAGAGCCCGGGAACUUUGCCUGUUGCUUGCUGCUUGGCUGCUUUGGGACGGUGCCUGCCCCCGGCGCAUCUGGGUAUACAGGAGCAAGGUAGCGAAUUUGCAGCUGUGAAGAGAAACAGGUUGCGGCCGUUGUGGAGUCCGGCAGGGCACAUACUACAGGUCUGGCAGCUGGGGAGUCUCUUGCGACUGUCUUCGAAGCUGAGUGUUGGAGUCGCUAGACAAGGCCCCUUGUCCUUUGUGGUUGCGCCAGGCGGUGGACGGCGCCCACCAAUCCGAGUGGGCCUACCCUUCUCGUGCUACAGAGCCUCCUGCGACCAGCUCGGCUCGAGGGUCUCUGGCAAACGAGGCAACGGCAGGGGCUGCUAUUGUAUCGAUUGA